AUGUCUGCAGACUCGCCUGACACUCAGACCCGCCCAGUAACACCACCGGAACCCAAACAACAAUUAAAUCCCGACAUCGACCGGGUUCCGACACUAAAACAACAAGAUCUUUUAACUUCUCAUCAAACAACUGCAACUGAAACUACAACUACAACUACAACUACAACUGAAACUACUACUACUACUACUACUGCAAAUGCAACUCCACAUAAUCAACAACCCCAUCUUAAAGACCCUGUACUUCAAAACGUCCCACAGGUCCCGGAACCAGAAUCACCAUCACCAUCACCAACAACUAAAGAACCGUUGAAACAUCUAUCAAAACCUCGGAACUCAAAUAACUCUAAAAAUCUUUCACAAAACCCCCUCAAGGACCUUUUGCCCUCCCCAGAAUCUCAAGAAAAACCACUCCAUGCAAUCCCACUAACAGUGGCUGCCGCCACCACCAUCAUCGCUUCUACUCAAAGCUCCGCCCAAACUACCGCCAUACCCGAGUUGAUUGUUAUCUCAGAUUCUCUCCCAACAACAGAUCCACAACUUUCACUAAACAUCCCAGAAACUUCUCAGUCCUCUUCCUCAAUCCAAUCAUCUACACAAUCAUCCCAAUCACCAACCCCACAACCCUCCCAUGACUCUCUUAGACCAAUAUCCCCUCAACCCCAGUCUCAGACCCAAUCCAGACAUUCGUCCCGCUCACAAUCCCCACAGACUUCUGGAUCUUCACGGCGUCAACGGCGACGAUCUUCAACAGCAUCUAUCUCUUCUCUAAGCUCUGACGACGGUGCCCCUCAACCACCUCCUCCACGACCCCAGCCUGGCCACCCUGCAAAUAUCUAUCGCAACCUGCUUAUCAUGGAAGACUCUUUCCGACAGGAAUACGUGAUUCUGCGCAAAACCAGACGUAAAUACCUACUCUUCAACAUAUCCAUGGCUGCUCUAACACUCUACUUUUUUUAUUGUGUUUUCAUCGAGCCCUCCAUCUACCGGGUCAUUCAUUUCUUCAACCGUCUUCUUCUCAUGAUCUUCGCAACUACGAUUAUUCUCUUUUAUAUUUCCGGGUCUCAUCGCAAAACUAUCGGUUCCUCUCGUAAGUUCAUUUAUAAUGUAAACAAGGGCAUGCGCGGCUUCAACAUUAAACUUGUGCGAAUCACACAGUCUUGGCCAGAAACCUUCAUUGAUUGGUUCUGGGCUCCUGCCUAUGCAGCCCGGCCAGGUGAAAUCGUUAAACUCGUUCUCUCUCCAAGAGUCUUUAACCCAGAUAUCAUUGAAGGCUGGGAAAUCUACCGUGUGGAGUAUUGGAAUAAAGAGUACCUUAAAGCCCAGGGGAAGCCUGUUGCGGAACCCUCAGCGUCUCCCCAUAGAACCAGGAAAUCAUUUGCAUCAUCGUCUACUUCUAGACCGUCUUCUUCGUCUCUUCGGUCUUAA